CCGUGGUGACAGGUCUGACUCGAAGCCCUCAAGUUAAACUCUGGAGCCGACCCCGACUCGGAAGUCCCAAGCGUACAGCUGUCGAUUAUCACACUAACUUCAGCGUGAGAGUGAUUGUGCAAUGCUGAUGGAUCUGCGGUUACUUUUAAUCGCCACGCUGUCGGCGUUCCUCGGCGGGAGUCGGGCACAGCAAGAGGGAAGCGAAUGCAUCAAGGCCAACGCACAGUCGUGCGGGGAAUGCAUCCAGGUGGCCGAGAUGUGCGGCUGGUGCACGGAUGAAAACAUCCUCACCGAGGGCCAGUCCAAGUCGGCCCGCUGCGACGACCUGGAGUCCCUGAAGAAGAGAAGUUGUGCCACGAUCGAGAACCCGCGGGGCAGCAUCAACAUCGACGAGAACAAGCCCGUCACCAACCGCAACCGGGACGUGGCGGAGAAGCUGAAGCCGGAGCAGAUCACCCAGAUCCAGCCCCAGAAGCUCACGCUGACGCUCCGAUCGGGUGAACCCCAGACCUUUGAGCUCAAAUUCAAGCGUGCAGAGGACUACCCCAUCGACCUCUAUUACCUCAUGGACCUCUCCUUCUCCAUGAAAGACGAUUUGGAAAACGUGAAGAACCUCGGCACCGACCUCAUGAGGGAAAUGCAGAAGAUCACCUCGGACUUCCGGAUCGGUUUCGGCUCUUUCGUGGAGAAGACGGUGAUGCCGUACAUCAGCACCACUCCGGCCCGGCUCAUCAACCCGUGCACGGGGAACCAGAACUGCACCAGCCCCUUCAGCUACAAGAACGUCCUGAACCUGACGAACGAGGGGGACGAGUUCAACCGCCUGGUCAGCCAGCAGCAGAUCUCGGGGAACCUGGACUCUCCGGAGGGGGGCUUCGACGCCAUCAUGCAGGUGGCGGUCUGCGAGGACCAAAUCGGCUGGAGGAACGUGACUCGUCUGCUGGUGUUUUCCACCGACGCCGGCUUCCACUUCGCUGGAGACGGCAAGCUGGGCGGCAUCGUGCUGCCCAACGACGGAAGGUGUCACCUGGAGAACAACAUGUACACCAUGAGCCACUACUACGACUAUCCCUCCAUCGCCCAUUUGGUCCAGAAACUGAGCGACCACAACAUCCAGACCAUCUUUGCCGUCACGGAGGAAUUCCAGCCCGUUUACAAGGAGUUGAAAAACCUCAUUCCUAAAUCGGCCGUCGGCACGCUGUCCUCCAACUCCAGCAACGUCAUCAAACUCAUCAUCGACGCUUACAACUCUUUGUCCUCCGAGGUGAUUCUGGAGAACGGCCGGCUGCCCGAAGGCGUCUCCAUGAACUACAAGUCCAUCUGUAAGAACGGCGUGGAGGCAAGCGGGGACAACGGCAGGAAGUGCUCCAACAUCUCCAUCGGCGACGAGGUUUCCUUCAAGAUUUCCAUCGAGUCCAAGAAGUGUCCGUCGCACGGCAAGGCGGAGAUCAUCAAGAUCAAACCCCUGGGCUUCAACGAGGAGGUGGAGGUCGUCCUGAACUUCAUCUGCGACUGCCAGUGCGCCGCCGAGGGGACGCCCGACAGCGACGUGUGCCACGAGGGCAACGGCACCCUCGAGUGCGGCGCCUGCAAGUGUAACGACGGGCGCAUCGGGCGCCUCUGCGAGUGCAGCAAAGAUGAGGUGCGCACGGAGGACCUGGACGCCAACUGCCGGAAAGACAACGGCACGGACAUCUGCAGCAACAACGGCGACUGCGUGUGCGGCACCUGCGAGUGCAGGAAGCGGGCUAACCCGGACGAGAUCCACACGGGCAAGUACUGCGAGUGUGACAACUUCAACUGCGACCGCUCCAACAACAAGCUGUGCGGAGGACACGGCCACUGCGACUGCAGGAAGUGCAUUUGCGACGCCAACUACACGGGCAGCGCGUGCGACUGCUCCCUGGAGACGCACACCUGCCUCGCCAAGAACGGGCAGAUCUGCAACGGCCGCGGCGUCUGCGACUGCGGCAGCUGCAAGUGCACCAACCUCAAGUUCCAGGGGCCCACCUGCGAGAUCUGCCCCACCUGCCCCGGCGUCUGCGCCGAGCACAAAGACUGCGUGCAGUGCCGGGCGUUCGAGGCCGGCGAGAAGAAGGAGACGUGCGAGCGCGACUGCAGCUACUUCCAGCUGAUCAAGGUGAAGGACCGCGACAUGCUGCCGCAGCCCACCGACCAGAGCUUCCCCCUGUCGCACUGCAAGGAGCGCGACGCCAACGACUGCUGGUUCUACUACACCUACGCCAUCCGGAACGACACCAAGGAGGUGUACGUGGUGGACACGCUGGAGUGCCCGGCGGGACCCGACAUCAUCCCCAUCGUGGCCGGCGUGGUCGCCGGCAUCGUGCUGAUCGGCCUCGCCCUGCUGCUCAUCUGGAAGCUGCUCAUGAUCAUCCACGACCGGCGGGAGUUCGCCAAGUUCGAGAAGGAGAAGAUGAACGCCAAGUGGGACACGGGGGAGAAUCCGAUCUACAAAAGUGCCGUAACAACCGUCGUCAACCCAAAGUACGAGGGCAAAUGAUGGAGCGUCGCCUUCCUUGUGACAACACUGUAUGGAAAGGAU